CUUGGUGCCCUACCUCUCAAGCUCUUUCGGCUGUCCCAGCGAGGGUGUUGGCCACACACUCUAGUUGUCCCGUCAUCUUUCAAGUUCAAUCAAACGAAAAGGAACCAACGGAUUGAGAUUGGAAAGUCUACUUGGAUUGGGCGUCACUGUUUAAAGAAGAAGAAGAAUUUGUCGACGUGGUCCGUUUUCUACACUUGAAGAUUUUUGUAUUAUUUUGUGCCGCAGACAUGAGGAUUCUAAAAGUCAUACUUCUGUUGGUCCACACGCUGGCUCUUUCCACGUUGGUAACUGGGGCCUCCAUUGACAAGCCCGAGAGCGCGAGGCCACCUCAGACUGCUGUCUUCAACCUGUUGGAGCCUGCGAACGAGAGGCGAGUGGCGGAGGAGGAGAGCCUGCAGCGGCAUCAGGAACUGGAGGUCGAGGAGGAAGAUGAGGAGUAUGAUUACUAUGAGGACGAGGACGAAGAUGAUGACGAGGACGACUAUGAGACCUCUGGAGACUAUUUGCCCCAAGUUGCCUUCUCCAGUAAGCCCAAGGAUGCCAGUAAGGUCCUGGCUGAGGAGAGGGUAGAGGGCAAGAGAAGGAGAGGCAAAGGGAAGAGGAAGGGCAAGGGGAAGAAGAGGAACCCCUGCCUGAAGAAAUACAAAGACUUCUGCAUCCACGGCACCUGCCAGUACCUCGCAAACCUGCGCAAACCCUCUUGCAUAUGCAAUGCGGGUUACUCGGGGGAGAGGUGUCAUGACAUCCUGUGGAUGCUGCCCACCAAGUCCAACCAGGGCUACGACCGGACCACAGCGCUGGCCGUGGUGGCGGUGGUGCUCUCGUCCGUAUGUCUCAUCAUCAUCGGCCUACUACUGGCACUAAGGUUUCAUAAGCGGGGUGCGUAUGAUGUAGAGAACGAGGAGAAGGUGAAGCUCGGGGCAGAGCCACAUCACUGACUGUGGAGAACGGACGGAGCUGUGGAAAAUCUACCUCAAAAUAAUGCAAAAAGAGAAGUAUAAAACCAGGCCAACCAAAUAAGAAGAACGCGACAGGGAGGAGGUAGACUGAGUGACUGUGCCUGUGUGUCUGCCACAAGUGGCUGUUCUCCCUCUCACCACCCGCCGGUGGCCUGACUGACUUGACUGCCCAACUGGCCGACUAGCCCGCUAGCAAGGCCUAGCUGGACCGCCUGCUACGUACCAGCCAGCUACGUACUAGCCAGCCACGGAUCUCUUGCGGAAGAACCUGUAGACCUGUCGACGUUCAAAGUUCAGCAAGUUGGGUCGGUUCGGGUUCGGGGCAGGGCACACACACGCGCAAAAUAACAAGGCCUUGGAAUCCGGGACACUAUAGGGCCCAAGAAUCGGGGCAAUCUGGGCCACUGAAUGCCGCCAUGUUAGAAGUGGCAAAUUGCAGUUGGAGGCCAUGUUGGAUAUGGAAGAUGGCGGAGACUGAAUGUACUGAGGAGGACUGUCUUCAACAAAAGGAAAUGCCCUGGUGUGUAAACACUGCCUGGACGCCCUUCCCAAGAGUUGAGGAAGAUGAGGAUGAUGAUGAUGUUGAUGGAGUUGAAUGGAUUGUUUACGGCGGUUUAUGUUUUUUCCCCUUUCUCUCCGCACAUUUUUUGUGAUUGUUUGUUUUUUUUCUGUUGUUUUUGUUUGUUGUUUAUUUAUGUCUUUUAAUUUAUUUCAUUAUUUAUGGCAAAGCGGUAUUUAUUCUGAUGUCUCCCAACACAAAGGCACUGCCCCUAUUAUUAUUUGUACCGAUUUUAAUGUAAUAAUAUUUAUUGUACAAUAUUUAUAUGGGCAAGUAUCACCCCUAAAAAACGUCAUUAUUAUUAUAAUUAUUAUUAUUAAAAAGACUAAUAAUGAGGAUUAUUGUACAUUUUCCUCUGUGUAUCAUAAUGAUACAGUCGUUACAGUUGCCACUUAUUAAAAAUAUGACGUUUCCUGUGGGCUGGUGAAUAUUCCCAUUGUUAUUAUGCCUCUGUUGUGAGACACAAAAGUGUGUUACUAUGAAAAAAAUGAAUUCCAAUACUGUAUCUAGUUACUGUUAACACACGGAAUGAUAGCGCAAAGAAAACAAUCUUUUCUUGAUCAGCUCAGUGAGAUUGAUAUUGAUGUUAAGCUCAAGAAAUGUGAAUUAAAAGUUGUAUAAAAACAA